GCAUGUACCUCCACAGCCGCACCCCCUACUCGUAGCAGACGAACGGUGAGCUCAAGGGGAAGGACGAAAAAGUCUGGUUUUGGGAGUAAAGAUUUGUGCACAUGAUGUCGGUCUAUGGUCGCAGCACUGCGCCGCCCGCGCCCUGCAUUGCGUUGCUAUACAAAUGCUUCAGGUACGUAUUCACUACCGGGGAUCAAGCUGGAAGCCAGUGAAUGUUAGUGAGAGUGAAUAGACUAAUAUUUUACUUUAGGAUAUUAUAACUACCAUGGAGCAAUCAAGACUUUUACCAUGGGACGUCGUAGUCCUCGUCCUUUAUUUCUUCGCAAUCUUAACCAUUGGUAUUGCGUCACUAUGGAAGUCCAACAGGAGCACAGCAGAAGGGUAUUUCUUGGCAGGAGGAUCUAUGCUUUGGCUUCCCGUUGGUGCCUCCUUGUUUGCUAGUAAUAUUGGCAGUGAACACUUCAUUGGUCUAGCUGGAUCUGGAGCCUAUGCUGGUAUAGCCAUUGCAGCUUUUGAACUCAAUGCGCUGGUAAUGCUACAGCUCCUUGGAUGGAUCUUUCUACCCGUGUACCUCGCCAGCGGUGUUUAUACAAUGCCAGAGUAUCUCCAGAAGAGGUUUAGAAGCACUCGCAUCAGGAUGUACCUUGCCAUUCUCUCGCUCGUCAUCUACAUCUUUACUAAAAUCUCGGUCGACUUGUUUUCAGGAGCCUUGUUCAUCCAGCAAGCCUUAGGAUGGGACCUCUAUCCUGCUAUCUUUGGUCUUCUGGGGAUAACAGCCAUCUAUACCGUGACUGGUGGUCUUGUGGCGGUCAUAUACACAGAGACCCUUCAGACCAGUAUCAUGAUCGGCGGGGCCGUGUGGCUGUGUAUUGCAAGCUUUCAGAAGAUUGGAGGGUAUGCCAUGCUUGAACCACUCUAUGCAGAAGCUAUUCCUAAUGAGACACUCUAUCGCAACGAUUCUUGUGGGAUGCCCAGGGAGGAUUUCUUCCACAUGCUGAGGGCGCCCGUCGGCUCGGAUACGCCCUGGCCUGGAUUCAUGUUUGGUCAGAAUUUUGUAGCACUCUGGUACUGGGCAACAGACCAGGUUAUUGUCCAAAGAGCCUUAUCAGCCAAGAAUCUCUCACAUGGCCAAGGUGCAACAUUGUUGGCAGGCUUCCUCAAGACCUUACCUCUCUUUUUGAUUGUCAUGCCAGGAAUGAUUGCUCGAAUAUUUUACACAGAUAUUGUUGCAUGUGUGGAAAAUUGUGAAGAAAUAUGUGGUUCGAAAACCAGUUGUUCAAAUCUUGCCUUUCCUCUUCUUGUAUUUGACCCUGAACUCCUGCCCGAAGGGGCCCAUGGUUUACUGUCCGCUGUUAUACUGAGCGCCCUCAUGAGUUCUUUGACCUCCACCUUCAAUAGCAGCUCCACCAUUUUCACCAUGGACCUGUGGAGGUGGAUCCGCAAGAUACCAGGUGACCGGGAGAUGGGCCAACUUCCAAGAGAGAUCGCUCGGAAGCAUGAAUUGGAGUUGAUGAUUGUUGGGAGGUUAUUUGUCGCUCUUAUCAUCAUAAUCAGUAUCCUCUGGGUACCUGUCGUUCAAAACAAUCCCAGCGGACAAUUGUUUGUUUACAUCCAGCAGGUCAUGGCCUAUCUAGCGCCCUCUAUCACGGCCGUCUUCCUGUCAGCUGUAUUGUGGGAAGGCACCACGGAACAGGGUGCAUUCUGGGGGUUAUUGCUGGGUUUGGUUCUGGGCGUCAUCAGGAUAAGUUUGGUUGUGGCUUUUCCAGAGCCCUUGUGUGGGGAAGUGGACAGUCGACCCCCGUUUGUAGCAGCGAUCCUUGUGAACUAUAUGUAUUUUGCCAUGAUGCUCUUCAUAUGGACGAUAUCAUGGGUGAUAAUCAUCAGCCUUUUUACAGAGCGGAUCCCUUCCCAAUAUUUGUAUCGUUUGACAUUCUGGACCCGCUUCAGUAGAGAAGAGCAUCAAGAUGAAGUGAGUCUAAGAGAAGAGUCAAGGCAAGGAUCUUGUAAAGUUAAAGAAGAGGAAAAGAACCUGUUACGAGAGGAUGAAAUGGAAUCUUCAAUUGAUGGCACAGUGCUAUCUGAUCAGGAAGCUGAGAAAUCUGAUGAAGAGUCUCCCCUCAUUGAGAACAGUGAGAUGAGCCGAUGGCGCCGCGGAUGGAACUGGUUCUGUGGACUCUCGUCUCAAGGGGGCGCCCUGACUGACGAAGAGGUACGCCAACGCGAGACAAGGCAGAUGAACAAAGUGAUCCAGGAUAGAAGAGAUAGGUAUAUCCUAAACUCUAUUGCAGUACUUGUACUCGGGCUCGAUAUCUUUCUGUAUGCGUAUUAUGCGUGAUAAUAUGAUAAUCGUUUAUUACUGUAUGCAAAGUAAAUUUACAGGAAGAGUAUAUGGUAUAAUAAAUGACAUUGUUCAAGAAUGUGUGAUAACCAAGGGGGGGGGGUAAGUGCCAACAUAAAUGAAAAUACUGAUGAUGGUGAUAGCUGUGAUGAUGAAAAUGUUG